AUGACUUACCUCAGCCAGCUGAAGCGGCUCGCCGAGUCGACGCUGGGAAGCGGCAACCUUCGUGUGGCCGUCCAGGUGCCGGACGGUGAGCUGUUCGAGGAGUGGCUCGCCGUGCACACGAUCGACUUUUUCAAUCAUCUCAAUAUUUUGUACGGGACAUUGACCGAGCUCUGCACGCCGCGCGAGUGCCCUGUGAUGUGUGCAGGACCCCGGUUCGAGUACCACUGGCAGGACCCGACGUCCGUCAAGUACCGCCGCUCGACGCGCCUGUCUGCGCCCGACUAUAUCGAGUGCCUGCUCAACUGGGCGCAGGCGCAGAUGGACGACGAGCAGCUGUUCCCGGUGGCGCCAGGCGCGCCGUUCCCCCCGUCGUUUGUGGACCGCGUCAAGGCCAUAUUGCGCCGCCUAUUCCGCAUCUAUGCUCAUGUGUAUCACCAUCAUUUUUCGCACGUGUGUGCGAUGCGCCUCGAGGUGCACCUCAACACGUCGUACCGGCACUUUUUCCUCUUUGUCACCGAAUACCACCUGAUCGACCCCAAGGAAAUGGUGCCGCUCGCCGAGAUCAACGAGGCGAUCCUCGAGGAGCAGGCGCGCCAGACUGCUAAGCCGUAG